CUGUAGUGUUGUUGGAUUUUCUUAAUACGCACUUUGACGUGACAUUAUCUUUAAUGGAUUAUGGGAACUUUAAAAGUGAAAAUUGUGUACAUUGAAUCAUUAUUUCGAAGAAGCAGAGAUUUGUGUGUAUCGGCUUUGUGCUUUCAAAUGCACUUUUCACGAAAGAUAUCUUUGCAAUAUAUAUUUGUUGAAGAUGGGCAGUUGUGAUUCAUCGUCUAUAGAAUAGCUCAACAAUCAUCUUCCCUACAAUUCCCUCAAUCUACACCAUCACUAUUAUUCGAUUUACUGGUUUUACAAAACUUAAAAUGGUUCAAUUAAAUUAUUGGAACAUCGUUUUAACUUUUGAGUAGUCCUCAUUGAAGUUACUCAUAUUGGUGGAACUUCUUGUUAUUAACGACCUAGUUUUAAAUGUGAACGUAGAUUAAUCUUAACCCUAAGACCAUCUUGUAAAUCUUACCCCUAAUAUCCUCCCAAUGAAGAUGCCGCCCUAAUUGAACCUACACGGUAAUUAUUAUAUAUAGAAACCCGACAUAGCUUGACGUAAGUUUCUAGUUAGGGAUUUUAUCAACUUAGUUUUUCCCGGUGAGAAAGGGUUUUCCUGCAUUGGCACUAUGGAUUUGUUAAGUAAUGAUCCAGAAACCCAAGGUUAUCAGGGGAUAUGUGCUUUGCCCGACGAUUUGCUGUGGCUGAUCUUACUCCGCGUCCCUGCAAAAGAUGGAGCGGCCACUGCGAUCUUAUCUAAACGAUGGCGUUACAUGUGGCAGAUGCUGUAUAAACUCGCUUUCAAAGACGACCAAGGCAGCGAGAGCUUUGGGUGGUUUAUUGACAAGUCACUGCAACUCCAUAGGGCACCGAAACUAGUAAGCCUGGUUGUCGAACUGGGUCCACCAUGUCCUGUUGACGUAGAUGUGAGAAAGUGGGUUGACAAGGCAGUUAACCACGGUGUGAAAAAGUUAGAUUUCAAGCUCCUCUGGACAGGAGAGCCCACAAGCUUCCCGAAGAGCCUUUACACAUGCGACUCGCUCAUUACUUUAACUCUAUCCGACCAGAUCCUGGUCGAUGUUUCCUUCCCGGCUAGCCUACCGUCUCUCUUAUAUCUGAAUCUUUUCAACGUGGUCUACAAAGACGAAGAAUCUCUUGCUAGGCUUUUAUCAAGUUCCCCUCUUCUCCUACAACUGCAGGUUAAGCGACGUGAUGAGGAUGACAACUUGACAAACUUUACCGUGAAAGUGCCUUCGUUGAAAAAAUUUAUUUAUGAGAGCAAACGGCUUAAGAAAGAGGAAGAAGAAGAUCACACAGGGUCGUUGGUCGUAGAUUCCCCUGCAUUAACUGUAUUAAACAUUGCUGACUUUAGGAGAGACUAUUGUAGUGUGAUAGAGAAUUUGUUUUGCCUUGAUACUGCAUUCAUCGAAAUUGUUCUUUACCCUGAUGAAAACUUUCUGAGAUGUCUUUCUUCUGCAAGACGUCUGUUCUUGAAGUUAUCCGAAUCAAUGGUUGCGUGUUGUAACUCUGUUAAGUUCUCUCGGCUCACAGAUUUAAUCGUUAUUUCAAGAGCUCCAGUAUAUUGGUUACAACCACUUAUGUUUUUGCUUCAAAACUCUCCUAAACUGAAAAAUCUUGCCAUCUGCAACACGGGCUGUCCCCCAUCUUCCUGGAACCGGCCGAGUACUGUUCCCCAAUGCAUAUCAUCUCAUCUAGAGAUUGUUAGGGUUAUAAACUAUGAAGGAAGAGAAGAUGCGAAACAACUAAUGACAUACAUUCUUGCUAACUCCAACUGUUUAAAGACAGUGGAGAUCUCCUUUAGAGCAACCUGCAAUCUUGAAGAGUGCCAAAAGGAGUUAGAAGCUAUGCCUAGGAUUUCAGCUUCAUCUCGCUUUCUUUUUUGUACCCCUCUACCUCUAGUCCACUGGAGUCGUUAGAUGGGCUUAGCUACUUCAUCUUGAUUUCGGUUUGAA